AUGGAACAUUAUGCUCUUAGCCUUCAAUGUUCUCCAAUUCUUAGUCCUUUUUCAUAUGGUUCCAAAUCAUAUGAAAAUAAAAAAAUUCAUGUUAGAUUCAACCAAACCACUCUUUGUUUCCCUCAAUGCACCAUAAACCACAAUCUUACACGUUCAAUUAGCCAUGCAAAUUGCACGAGUAGUAAUAGCUUCUCUGUGCCUAAUUCAAAGAAUAUUGAAACAAGUGACAACAACAUUUUGAGAGGAAUAAAUGGAGUUUCUAUAGUUUUGGGUUGCAUUCUUGGAAUGUUUAAUUUUAAUAGCAAGAUGAUGAAUUCUAAGUUCAACAAUGCUUAUGCUAUUAAUCCUAACGUUGAAUCAUUUAGUGGAGGAGAGCGUUCGUUCAAUUCGUUGUGGAACUCGAUGAAUGCUGAAUUAAUAGAAUCAGAAAUCAAGUUCAAUUCUCCUCCUACUGUUGAUAAUAAGAAGAAGCAUGCUCUAUAUCUAAGAAAAUGUGGGAAGAAAGAUAAAGUAGAGGAGAAAUUGAAUGAGUUAAAAUCUGAAUACAUCAAAUCUAAAGAUGAGUAUUCAGCUAUAGAACGUUCGGUUCGAUUAUCAUUGAUGGAACUUCUCUUGAUUCAGGGACAUUUCGAUGAAGCCCGGAAACUCCUUGACGAAGAAAUUGAUAUUCUCGUAAACCCUAAACGGAGAAAAAUAGAUUUAGAGAAAAAGAUUAGCAAACUUCUUGAUAUUUACAACAACAAAAGCGAUGAGAUUGAGGCGCAUCAUGAUAAGCAAGCAAUAGCUGAUAUUAUUUUCUAUAAGGCUAUUAUACACAUCAUGUUAAAAGAUAAGGAGGCAGCAAAGUGGUGGGAAGCAUUUGCAAAAACACUAACUAAAGAGCCUCUAACUAAAGAGACUCAUUUUCCAUGGAGUAUAUGA